GAGGAGCUCGUGUUGCGCGUGCAGGGUUUUCUUGUUGAGUCUACUCUGCCUCCAAUCAGGCGCAACCAACUUCCCUCAAACCCAAACCGGCUUAUCGAUCUCAGGCAAACUGUCACCGUGAGCGGCCUGGGUAUAGAGCCCUUCGACAAGGCAGUCAGCGCGGUCAUGACCAUUCAUCAGCAUUUCUGUGCACACCUUGUUGGACACAAUCUGCGCACCUGGAGGACAUCACGUCUGGAGAACUACCUUACACUCGCCUUCGGGAAUCGGUACCUCACUGCUUCAAAGUUUGCUGAAGGCAAACCACGGGGUGAUCUCAGUGAUGUCGUGGACCCAUUUUAUAUCCUGCAGCCCCGUCUCACCACUCAGGUCCAUCUGCAAGAGAAUGUGGUUGAGUACUGGGAGCAAACGGUGACGGAGAACCAGGGCAGGUCGAUCAGUUCCUUCCGCCGCAUCAAGCCGGAUGGAAUCUUCCCCGGCACCAUGGUUGAACUCCAAAUUGCCUUUGCGGCAGUCAAGGUUGGGCAUCAUGAAUAUAUAUUCCUGCCCAAACUGCGGGCGAUCUGUGUCCUUAGCCGUGCAGUGCAAUCGGUAAUCACUUCCUCUCUGUAUUCUCUUUGCUGUGCUCAUUACAAGCAGGACUAUAACUCAUCGGCCUUGAAAGAUCUGAGUCUACGUGCUAUCUCGCCGCUCAAGAAGGUCAAGCGCAAGGUGGGGUAUGAAGAGGAGGAAGAG